GAAAGAGAAGAAGAAAAAGAAGAAAGCAGAAAAGAAGAAAAAGAAGAAAGAAGAGAAGAAAAAAGCUGAGGCAAGGAAGAGACCCCUAAGCAUGGAGGGCUACACUAAAUCAGAAGAAGGAGGAAACAUCCAAAAAAGACCUUGCCUUGAAGAGAAAAGGCCCCUUCAACUGAUGGUCACGAGCUACAGUACCCAUGCCGUGCUGGGUCAUGGCGGUUUUGGCACGGUAAUGUUGGCAACUUGUUCCAACAAGAGCCAACCUGUAGCCAUGAAGGUGAUACACAAAGCAGAGAAUAGAAGAUCUAUUGCCAAGGAGGUGCGAAUACUGAAGAUGGCUUCUGGAUGCCCAUUCCUCUGUCACGCGCAUGCAGCUUUCCAAACAAAGCUGGCUGCAUGCAUUGUGAUGGAGUACGCCAGUGGAAACAGCUUGGAGAAAUUCAUUAAGCGCACAGGGAAACUGAAGAUGGACGCUAUAACAUUCUACACAGCAGAGAUCAUAUGCGGCCUGCAGUUCCUCCACGCCAACGGGAUUGUCCAUCGGGACAUCAAACUGGAUAACAUCCUGUUGACCGGCGAGGGACACAUAAAGAUCGCUGACUUUGGUGUGGCUGUAGAGGGAAUGUUUGGCCAGAGGAAAGUUAAAGGCAAGGCUGGAACAGUGCAAUACAUGGCCCCAGAGGUUUUACAACGGAGAGAGUACGAUGCCGGAGCAGACUGGUGGUCGCUAGGAAUUGUCAUCUGCAAAAUGGCCACCGGCAUGACACCAUUCACUUCAUCAGUUAUCCAUGAUGAGCCCCUUUUCCCGAAAUGUCUUGGUGCUGAAAUAAAAGAUCUUCUGCACAAGCUCCUAGAGAAGGACCCAGAGAAGCGUCUUGGCUUUAUUGGAAACAUUCGAGCACACCCAGUUUUUAAUUCCAUCAACUGGGAGCAGCUGGAACGCCAGGAAGUACCACCACCUCUCUAUCCUGCAGAAUUAACACUAGACAAGAAAUAUUUCAAGCAGCCGAGGAUGCUCAUGGAAGAGGCGGGCAGCGAUUCUUCAAAUGAGAAAAGCAUGGAGUUAUCAUAUCUGAAUGACAGUUGGAAGAGCUGAGCCACUUCAAGAAAGUCAGGUUUCUUUAGCUAUAUUUACCAACCAUUAACAUCAUUUAACCCUGUCAUUUUAUUCUAUCCAGUCUCCAUUGAAGAACAGUGAAGAUGAAAACAUCUGAGCAUUUGAAAAAUCCAGCACCGAGGACCACCUGUCACGGCUUCGUAUGGGUACAUUUCUACAGACAGCCAUUUUUACCUCUUAGAGCCAGCCACCAUCAUUGCCUCUACCUCUGGCCCUUGCCCAUCAUCUUUUGGUCUCCAUUUCAUGUCCAUAACAUCAGUCCCUAUGAUUGCCCCAUCUCUGCUUUUCUCCAUCGGCACCCAUCUUUGGCCCUGUCUAUUAGACCUAGAUCUGGUCCUUAUCACCACGCCUCCAUCUUUGGCCCUUGUCCAUCUCUGACUCUUACCAACAGUCUCCAUUUCUUGCCCUAUUUUUGAGUGAGCCCAGAGUUCAAUUGAGAUCAGUUAAGUUUCUUAAGUUCUUAGACCCCCCCCCCUGCUCUUUGUGCACCGCCUCUGUUUACUCCUCCCUGCCGCUACUCUCCACUUGCUGGCAAUCCUGAGUGCUCUCAGCAGACAAUCAGCUCCUCCACUAGCCUCUAUCUUUAGCACUCAUGACUUGCCCUAUCUUAUAUAUUAUAUAUAUAUAUUUUUGGCCUAAAACAUUGGCCCUUAUCUGUUGCCUCUCAGUGUUCACCACUGCUGCUCACUUUCACCUGCUACAACUCUUACCACUUGUUGGCAGUUCUCUCUGCAAGUAAUCUGCUCCCUCUUCAGUCUCACAUCCAACUGUGACACCUGAGGCACUUGCUUCUGCCUACCCCUAGAUCCAGUGUGGCCCUCACCUUCAGCCACACAUCUCAUACAUACCACUGUCACAAUUAAAAAAGAACCAAACCAGUGCUAAUAAAAAACCCUAUCCCCUACCCUACAUAGACCCCUCUCCCUGCUUC